UUAUCAAGCAACAAGGCAAGCAGAUUUGCUGACUCGCCCUGUGGGUAUGAAAAUGGUGAAAUAAUAGUCCAGUCCAAUCUGCUUCUUGUUUUACCGGUUUACUUCUGAAAAUCGAUCGAAUUAAAUUCUGAUUAGUCACAGUCAUUCCUAAAAAAGUAUUCUUAAAAACGCAUUGGGUUAAUCAGCGCUGAAAGAUGCCGAAUAUAAAAUUGCAGUCUUCGGACAAUGAAGUAUUUCCCGUCGAUAUUGAAAUCGCAAAAUGUUCCGUCACAAUCAAAACUAUGUUGGAGGACCUCGGCGUCGACGAUGAAGAAGAAGAAGUCGUUCCAUUACCCAAUGUAAAUUCCGCUAUUUUAAAAAAAGUGAUUCAGUGGGCCACAUACCAUAAAGAUGAUCCUCCAUUGCCAGAAGAUGACGAAAACAAAGAAAAGCGAACAGAUGAUAUCUCUUCUUGGGAUGCUGACUUUUUGAAAGUGGAUCAAGGCACUCUCUUUGAACUGAUAUUAGCUGCUAAUUAUUUAGACAUCAAAGGAUUAUUGGAUGUGACAUGUAAGACUGUAGCUAAUAUGAUCAAAGGCAAAUCUCCUGAAGAAAUCCGCAAAACAUUUAACAUCAAAAAUGACUUUACAGCUGCGGAGGAAGAUCAAGUACGUAAGGAGAAUGAGUGGUGUGAGGAAAAGUAAUGUAACACUACUGUGACUAGCUUAUAAAUUAUAAUUCUUUUUAGAUUUUAAUUAUAAUAAUUUUUAAGGGAUUUUGUAUAGUUCACCCGAAAAUACAUCAAGUUUAGUUAUUUCACUUUUUUGAAAAAUGUUUUGUGUUACAGGAGUGUUGCUAUGUGAACCUAAUUCUCUAAUUUAACCUAAUAAUAAUAUAGUAUUAUUAAAUUAAUGUAAACAUCUUUAAAUAUUUCUCCAGUUUUAUCUCAUCACCUCCACCUCAUCCAAGAUAUCAUUCAUUACACCAGUGUCAGUACCUACCUAGUAACUUAAAUUUUAUAUGUUAGUCCUCCUAUUAUUCACAUGACAUACAAGCAAGCCUUUAUUUCUGAGCUUUUAAUAUACUACUAAUUAGCAUAAAUUAUUAUUAUAUUGGCAUAAAUAGGCUAUUAGUCUGGAUGGUCAAGUGGUGUUACUAUUAUAAAAAUACCUACAUGAAUAGAUAAUGUUUAUGAUCAUGCAAGUUCAUUGGUGGCGUUUUGAUAGCCACCAGAAAUUGAAACUCCCAUGGGUUUAUUAAAGAGAACCUAAUUGAUGAAAUUGAUUCCCUAACAAAAUUAAUUUAAGUACAUACAUACCUACUUAAAUAAAUAAUUGAUUUUAAA